UUUCGAAGUGAGAAGUGUGGGAAGUGGGAAGUUAGCUUUCCUCCUAAGCGGUCAGGUAAGAGAUCUGCCAAGAUGUAUACGUUUAGAAGGAAAAUCCAGAAAGACAAGGAUGCUGAGCCUUCCGAAUUUGAGGAGUCAGUUGCCCAGGCACUCUUCGAUUUGGAGACUUCCAACCAGGAUCUCAAAAGUGACUUGAAGGAUCUCUACAUAAAUUCAGCAGUUCAGAUGGAUGUUGCUGGGAAUCGUAAGGCUGUUGUAGUUCAUGUUCCUUACAGACUGAGGAAAGCUUUCCGCAAAAUUCAUCCUAAGCUUGUAAGGGAGUUGGAGAAGAAGUUCAGUGGGAAGGAGGUGAUCAUUAUUGCUACCCGAAGGAUCCUGAGACCUCCAAAGAAAGGUUCUGCUGCCCAGCGACCUCGCAGCAGAACACUAACUGCUGUGCAUGAUGCCAUGUUGGAGGACAUUGUUUAUCCUUCAGAGAUUAUUGGAAAGCGUGUCAGAUACCGCAUUGAUGGGUCCAAAAUCAUCAAGAUUUUCUUGGACUCAAAGGAGCGAAAUGCCACCGAGUACAAGAUCGAGACAUUCUCAGGAGUUUACCGGAAGCUUGCUGGGAAAGAUGUUGUGUUUGAGUACCCCAUUACCGAGCCUUGAAAAGCCAUACUGCAUUAUCAUAUGCAUCCCUAGCUUGCUAUGUUGCUUUUUAAGUCUCAUAAUAUUUUUAUUAUUAGAGUAUUGAAUUAAAAUUUUGGCCGAGCAUUUGGAUUUAGGUCUUUUUGGUUCAGGAAGCAUGAUGGAUGGUCUUAUGCCUUGAAAUUUGAGACUAUGUUAUUGUAGAAGACUCAAUUUUUUGCUUGAGAAAGUCAAAUUGCUUAAUCUUUUUGGUGCU